AUGUCAAGAAGUGGUGGUGAAUUAGACAAAACUUCAACAAGUAAAUCAAGAAAAACAAGUCUAUUGAAUUUUUUCAAACAUGCGCCUAGAAAUCUUGAUUCGAGUACUCCUUCAUCUUCCGAGGCAACUAAUAUUACACAAAAGAGAAGUCGUGUAGAGUUUAAUCCCAAUGAACUUGUUGUUGAUCCUGAACUUCGAAUGUGUAUUGAUGAUUUUGAUGUGGGAAUUAGAGACCAAGUUCGAAGGGAAUACUUGUUAAGGGGUCCGUGUCAACCAUAUGGUCAUGAUUUUCCAAAAAAAAAAACAAGCAACGGAUAUGAGAAGUUCCAAAGAGGUACAAGGAGUGAAAGUUUUACAAGAAAAGGAUUUAGCAACUGGAAAAAAGCAUCGGAAAAUUUUAAUGACCAUGUUGGCGGAGUAGACAGUGUUCAUAAUGACACAAGACGUAAUUGUGAGGAUUUUCAGAAUCAGCGUCAAAGCAUUUCGCAUGUUUUGACUUCUCAAAGUCGUGAAAUGGAAAUUGCUUACCGAACUCGUUUGACAGCAAUGUUAGAAGUUGUUUGUCUUCUUCUUUGGCAAGGUUUAGCAUUCCGUAGUCAUGAUGAGACUCGUGAUUCUUUACAAAGGGGGAAUUUUAUUGAGAUAGUGACAUGGUAUGCUAGGAAGGAUGACAAAGUGAGAAAUGUCAUUGGUGAUAAUGCUCCUGGGAAUAACCAAAUGACAUCUCCUAAAAUUCAAAAAGAAUUGGUUAGUUCUUGUGCCUCUUAA